GCCAGAGCACAAGGGCGUGUUGUCUCUACUUAAAGCGUUGUUGGCUUUGAACAGAUUACACAGACGCAUUUUACCUGGAAAGGACGUCACGCACUUCUACACAAGAAAACAUCCAAAAUGAGCACCACCCAUCCAGCCUCUUGUGACUUGAAGGGAUUUGAUCAAAAAAAGCUCAGGAAGACUAGUACUUCAGAAAAAAACUCUCUUCCAACUACAGGUGUGAUUGAAGAUGAGAAGAGAGCCCAACAAGAGGAUGCCUGCAAAAAGAAGAUCAAUGAGCAGGUGGAGAAUUGUGAUGUCAAGCUGAAGAAGACUGAAACACGCGAAAAAAACUCUCUUCCAACUACUGAAGUAAUUAAAGACGAGCAGAGAGCCAUGGAAGAGGACGCUUGCAAAAAGAAGAUCAAUGAGCAGGUAGAGAAAUGUGAUGUCAAGCUGAAGAAGGCUGAUACACAAGUGAAAAGCAAGCUUCCAACUUCUGCAGAUAUUGAACAAGAGAAGAAAUCCAUGAAGGGGAAGUAACUGAAACAUCGCUGCCAUGAUCAUCCUCUUUGAGUCCUGCCCUGUUUCCUGCUCUUCUUCCAAUUAAAGUUCCCGUUAAUCACCUCUGUCUGAUUUCUGUACUGCCAUGUUAGAAAUGUUUGGGCCGAUGCUAUGGGGAAAGAUCUGCCAGUAUUCCCAAGUAAAAUAAUGCAUAGGAUGUAUUCUAUUUGGGUGUUUCCAUGCUGUUUUGAUAGAGGUGAACAGAGCAAGACAAUGAUUUGACAGGGUCAAGGUUUACUUUAAAAAGGGGAGAACUCAUGAAUUAUUGUAUAAAAGAAAAUCUAUCCAAUAUUUUGCAUUGUAAACACUACCACAAGUAUCCUUGUAAAUGUUGCCAUUCAGGAAAUGUUCUAAAAAAUUACAUGAUCUGUUUUUUUUUCAAUAAAAAUGUACGUCAAAAGUU